AUGGCGACAGCGUCUAUUUCUACGUAUACCAAAGAAACAGCCAACUACGCCCGGUUGUGUCGACUACUGGUGGAUAUAGGUUCGGAAGUACUAAGAGACACAUUCGAUAGACUGCGUCCAACAGGAAGCCUUGACAAAGUUUUGAGUACUCCUCCAGUAAUUUCUAAGCUUAAUGACUUAAGAAAGAAACGAGUUCUCAACCUGCAGCAGUUGGCAAUAGUCACGUCAUCGUUGGUGUCAUCAAAGCAAUUUGACAUUUCCUUGCUAGCUGUCCUUCUUAAGAAUAUCUGUGGCCUUUCUCCUCCAGCUUCUGGCUGGAACAGUCUUCCGCAUGUGGCAGACAAUGCAAAGGCAGCCGAUAUUGUCCGUAUUACAAUCCACCGGAACGAAGUGUUUGCCCACGCCAAACAGGCUUCUGUUGAUGACGUACAAUUUGAAUUGCACUGGAAAAAUAUCAAGGGGACUUUGGUGAGACUCGGAGGAAACGCCUAUGAGGCGAUCAUUGAUAAAAUGAAAACUGAGGGGAUUGACCCUGAGAAGGAGAAUUACUAUCAACAGCUUCUGAAAGAAUGGAAGGAAAAUGAAGAAAGUGUCAUGGAAGAGCUUGGUGAAAUCAAAGGUCAUCUGGGGACCAUCGAUUGCCAAAUACAAAAGCUGGGCGAGAAAUUAGAUUUUGCGAUGCCAGUCGUAUUAUCUGCAGAAGAACAUGACGUUCAAGAAUAUAAAGCUCGUCUAGAAAAGCUCUACAUCAACUCAAGCCAGGUUAACAUCACGCCUUGGGAUCCUGACAACACCGUACACAUCGAUGAGAUUUACACAGAGCUGUUUUGGGUCAGAGAUUACCGGAGGCCAAGUGGAAAGAAAGAGAAGAAACUCGACGAUUAUUCCGACGUCUUAAAAGAGCAGAAGAGCAACUCACACUCAAACAGAUUCCUUAUAUAUGGUUUACCUGGGAUCGGAAAAUCCACCUUUGCUCAGAAAAUCGCUCUCGACUGGGCAAAAGGCAAAAAGCAAAUCCUUAAGAAGUUUGAUCUGCUGCUCAUGAUCCCGUUGCGGAAUGUUUGCGAUAGUAUAACAUUAGGUGAUAUUUUAAUUGAAGCCAAGCUAUUUUCAGCGGAAGAUCAAAGAUUCAUUGACGGUCUCACCAGGUACAUCCGUGAUUGCCAGGAUAAAGUUUUGCUGGUUUUGGAUGGCUUUGACGAGUAUAGCGCAAGCGGGAAGUCGCUAGUGGUAAAUCGCAUUUGGAUGGGGGAGGAGCUCCGAGAUUGCUCCGUGAUUUUGACGACGCGAUCCGUAAAGGAAGAUAACACCAAACGAUUUAGCCACGCGCAGUUUCAGAUCAAAGGAUUUGACUGGGCUCGGAUUAAAGAGUUCGCGAUGAAGAUACUUGAAGAUGAGCAAGAAGUAGAAAUGUUUCUGAAUUACAUAAAGAAGCACACACUGAUGGAGAUUGCAGAAAUCCCCCUUCUUCUACUGAUGCUUUGUUUGGUCUGGAAGGAGAAAGAUCGCAAAGUGUUACCGGAGGCGAAAGUACACCUGUACAAAGAGUUCAUUCAAACCCUGUUCAACCACGUGGCUGCGAAAGUCAACGAAGGUACGUUUGAAAGUAUCCAUGACUACCAGAGAGAUCUUGAACAAGUGGGAGAGCUGGCAUUUGAAGCUUUACUGAGAAAUUCUCUUGAGUUUGAUUAUGAACAGCUUCCUAUCGAACUUCUGGGUAGCAAAUUGCUAACCGUUGGUGUUAUUCAAAUCGUAAAGCUCUUCAGCGCAAAGCCAAUGAAGAAGGUUGCCUUUCUACAUAAAUCCAUUCAAGAGUUUUUGGCAGCUUGGUUUAUCAUUCACAGGCUAAUUCCCUCCUCCACAGACGAUCUCUCAUGCAUGCAAGCCAUAGAUUCCCCUAGAAAAGUGGUCGACUUUCUUGAAGUCCUUAAGUUUGUCUGCGAGUGGUCACCGGAAAGUUCGAUAGCAGUAUUGCAGCACCUUAAAUCUUUGCGGAAAGGCCAAAAUUCCUCUGAGGUCAAAAUCGGAAAAACCCUAUUCCUGGAGGAUCUACCGGAUGAUGAAAAGAAGUUGUUACAGCUAAGCUUAGAGUGCUUUAUUGCAACACCCAAUGAGUCAAAGGCAGAUGUCUACCCGUCACUUUUGAGUUCUGUCAGCGGCGUUUUGGUUAUACCAGAAACACUCCUGCCUCGAGUUGCCGACAGUCAUAUUGUUAAGUGUGACGCCCGUCCUAAUUAUGUUCUCUUCGAUUUCCCAAAGCAUCCAUCUCUGAAAGACCGCGAUUACAUGGCCUCCAUCAUGGACGACCUUAAUUCAGUACUCGAAAUUACUCCAGAGGAAAAAAAGGCAUCGGAUUUCGUAGGAAGGCAGACCAAAAGCGAAGUAUUGGCCUCAAUGUUCCUAAAGUGCAAGGAAGAUAAGAUGUAUCUUUACUUCUCUCAGAUUUCCAGUGUAGUAAUUGGAGCAUUACAGGAGGCAACACCACCAACGAUGGGUACUUUUCAUCAGAAACUCACAGAUCAUGAGAAAUCACGAGACAGUCAUGGGGUAACCAAAGUAGAUGAGCAGCACUGCUUUUCAUUGGCGAAAAAAAUUGACAUUGGUGAAAUACAUUGUAAAGCUGUCCAUGUUAUUACUAAUGUUGUGCCCCUUCUUGCCAGACCUCACGAGGUAGCGUUGCGAAGCGUUCAUGAACCUUCACAGCCUCAGGAGAUUGAUGCUCUUGUGUCGGGAAUAAGCAUAACGGAGUGUCUUCAAUGCUUGAGACUCCACAAAAUAUGCUUGACAGCACAAUCGCUGCCCAUUCUAACAGCUGGCUUCCAUAAGGCUAGUAACCUGGAAAAGUUGUACCUAUCUGAAAAUCCGCUGGGGAGCAGUAUUAGAUGCCUAGCAGACAAUCUACAUCACCUGCAACAGCUGAAUGUCUUGGAGUUGUCAAAUGUGCGUAUGGACGAACGAGCCUUCUCAGACCUUGCCAAUUCCUUGUACCAUGUUCCUCAUUUGAAAGUACUUUCUGUGUCUCGAAACCAGUUGGGAACCUCGAUCUCAGGGUUGGCAGAUAAUUUGGAGUAUAUUCCUCACCUUACUGAUCUGGAACUGAGUGAUACCAAAAUGGAUGAAGAAGGAGCAAGGUCCCUCGCCAAAGGCUUACAAUUUCUUUCAAAGUUAGAAAAUCUGGAUAUUUCCCACAAUCCUCUGGGAAGUGCAGUUGUUGCGAUUGCAGAAAAUCUUUUCAGAGCAGCCUGCCUAACUGAGCUCAAUAUGAAUGACACAAAGAUGGGUGUCGAAGAGAUUACAGAGCUAACUAGCUAUCUUAGGUCCUUUCAAACUCUUAAAACACUAUCCGUUGGUUACAAUCCAUUGGCACAGGGAGUGUGUGAUCUCAUCGAGAAUCUCUGCAAGAUCUCAAAACUCAAACGACUGAAUAUAGAGAACGUUGAGAUGGGCGAAAAUGAAGUAGAUCGUGUCAAAAACGUUUGGAAAAGAAACCAAAGUCUGAUCAUUGCCAACGAUUAUUUCGAUGAAAAAGGAGAGCCGAAAAAAGGAAAAAAGGUGGAAAAAAUUGUCUAUGUAACUAGAGGAGUGGCAGCCUAUGGCGACAUUGACGCCUAUGAUGAGAAUGAUCCCCGCUAUGACGACUUUGGCAACGAAGAACAUUAUGAUCCCAUGCAAGACGACUUUGACAACGAAGAAGAUGAUGAUCCCAAGCAAGACGACUUUGACAACGAAGAAGAUUAUGAUCCCAUACAAGACGACUAUGACAACGAAGAAGAUUAUGAUUCCAUGCAAAACGACUUUGACAACGAAGAAGAUUAUGAUCCCAUACAAGACGACUAUGGCAACGAAGAUUAUGAUUCCAUGCAAGACGACUUUGACAACGAAGAAGAUUAUGAUCCCAUACAAGACGACUAUGACAACGAAGAAGAUUAUGAUCCCAGGCAAGACGACUUUGACAACGAAGAUUAUGAUCCCAUACAAGACGACUAUGACAACGAAGAUUAUGAUUCCAUGCAAGACGACUUUGACAACGAAGAAGAUUAUGAUCCCAUACAAGACGACUAUGACAACGAAGAAGAUUAUGAUCCCAGGCAAGACGACUUUGACAACGAAGAUUAUGAUCCCAUACAAGACGACUAUGACAACGAAGAUUAUNUGAAAAGGAACAGUCAUACUGGUGUCAUCUCAUCGAAAAACGAUUACUCCGUCGAAAUUCCAAAGGAGAAACCGCAGAAAUUCAUUAAGUUAAAGCCCCAUCAAAUCCCCUCAUGUCUAGGAAAAGAUGAAAAAGGAGAGCCGAAAAAAGGAAAAAAGGUGGAAAAAAUUGUCUAUGUAACUAGAGGAGUGGCAGCCUAUGGCGACAUUGACGCCUAUGAUGAGAAUGAUCCCCGCUAUGACGACUUUGGCAACGAAGAACAUUAUGAUCCCAUGCAAGACGACUUUGACAACGAAGAAGAUGAUGAUCCCAAGCAAGACGACUUUGACAACGAAGAAGAUUAUGAUCCCAUACAAGACGACUAUGACAACGAAGAUUAUGAUUCCAUGCAAGACGACUUUGACAACGAAGAAGAUUAUGAUCCCAUACAAGACGACUAUGACAACGAAGAAGAUUAUGAUCCCAGGCAAGACGACUUUGACAAACUAUGA